GCAACCGCUAGUGGAAUUUUCGUGUUCCAGUUGUCGGCGCGUCGCAGUUCACGAUCUUAUAUACUUCCAUAUCUAGUAUGUCUCUCGCUCACUCCAACACCACACACUCACACUGUCCACGGCCAUGGCUGCCGUCACGCUCUCGCCGCCGGUCCUCCUCCUCCUCGCCGUCCUCCUCCUCACCACCGUCGCCACAACACAAUGCCACGGCCACAAGCGCCACCACCACCACUCCAGUGCCACAAGGCCCAACAAGACCGCCGGCGCCGCGGCCGCCAACCCACUGGUCGACACCGUCCACGCCAUCUGCCACACGACCCCGCACCCUGUUUCCUGCCUCGCGUCAGCGGCAGCACCCCUGGACGCCGUCGCCGGAGCGAAGGUGGUCGAGUCAUCCGCUCUCUCUGUCAGCCUUCUCCCGCCGAACGUGCUGUCCGUCGUUCUCGCCUCCCUCCGCGGCGCGGUCUCCGCGCUAUCCUCGCUCUCCCCCGCCUUCUCCACUACCCUUUCCGCACCGGUCACCUCGCUCCGCCGCGGCGCCGCGCAGGACUGCCUGGAGCUCCACGCCGCCACGCUGGGCUCGCUCUCGCGCUCCGCCUCGCUCCUCGCGGCCCCCGGCGGGAGCCUCCCCGCCGUGCGCGCGAACCUCGCGGCUGCGCUCACCAACAAGGCCACCUGCCUCGACGGGCUCGCCGGUGCGUCCGGACCGCGGAUGGACGGCCUCCUCGCCUCCCUCGACGACGCCUACGAGCACGUCUCCAACUCGCUCGCCCUCGUCGCCCGGAGCAGCGGCGGCGGCGGCGGCUUCUCGGCUGGCUUCGCAGCCGUUAUGGCCCAGAUUCACAACCGGCGGCUGCUCCAGGACGACGACGACGACGACAAUAGCGGGGACGGCGACGACGACAAUAGCGGGGACGGCGACGACGACAACAACGGUGACAGCAACGACGACAAUGGAAACGGCGACGACGACAGUGGGAACGCUGACCAGCCGGCGAUGGUGGUGAUCACGGUGGCGAAGGAUGGGACAGGGAACUUCCGGACGGUUGGGGAAGCGGUUGCGGCGGCGCCGAACAACAGCGAGACGAGGACGGUUAUCCACGUGAAGGCUGGGACGUACGAGGAGAACGUGGAGGUGCCGGCGUACAAGACGAAUAUCGCCCUCGUCGGCGAGGGCCGCGACGCUACGGUGAUCACCGGCAGCCGCAGCGCCGCCGACGGCUGGACCACCUUCCGCACGGCCACCUUCGGCGUGUCAGGCGAGGGGUUCCUGGCGCGCGACAUCACGUUCCGCAACACGGCAGGCGCGACCAAGGGGCAGGCGGUGGCGCUGCGCGUGAACGCGGACCUGGCCGCCGUGUACCGCUGCGGCGUCGACGGCCACCAGGACGCGCUCUACGCGCACUCAUUCCGGCAGUUCUACCGCGAGUGCGCCGUCUCCGGCACCGUGGACGUCGUCUUCGGCAACGCGGCCGCCGUGCUCCAGGGGUGCGCGCUCGUCGCCAAGAGCCCGGUGCCGGGCCAGUCCAACGUGCUCACGGCGCAGGGCCGCGGCGACCCCAACGAGGACACGGGCAUCGCGGUGCACAACUGCACGGUGGCCGCGGAGGCCCCAGGGCUGCCCGCCGGCACGCGCACCUUCCUGGGACGGCCGUGGGGCGCGUACGCGCGCGCGGUGGUGAUGGACUCCUACCUGGGCUCGCUCGUGGACCCGGAAGGGUGGGUCGAGUGGCCCGGCGCGGAGGCCGGCCGCGGGGACACGGUGUACUUCGGCGAGUACGGGAACGGCGGGCCGGGCGCGGACACCGGCGGGCGCGUGGGCUGGGCCGGGGUGCACCGGAUGGGCUACGACGAAGCGACCCAGUUCUCCGUGGAGAACUUCAUCUACGGCGACGAGUGGCUUGGCGCCACCUCCUUCCCCUACGACGACGACGUCUAAAUGAUCUUGCUGUGUUACACUCGCAUCAUUACCGCAAAUCAAAUCUCAGGAAAGAAGCGGUUAAUCAGAAGUUACCGCGUUGCAUGAGGUGUUUAAUUGCGUGGCAUGCAAAUACACUUCCAUCAGCCAGUAAUUUAUGUUUUUGUGCUUGAAUCUAAUGGAAAGAAUGAAUCUCUGUUUGGUCAAUGUCAAUUGUAAAGCCGUUUUGGUGAUGCUGAUUGUCAAUUGGAAAUGUAAAGUUAUCA